UUUUCUUUUUGUAAUUUAGUAAUAGAACGUAUAUUAAUUAAUUCGUUUAUCAUUUCUAAAAUACAUUGGUCUUCGAGUCUCUGAAAAUUAAGUUGAAUAAACUGUCAAUUUCAUUCAGCUUACCGUUAGGAUAUCUAGACCGGAAAGUCAGGUCUAGACUUGUUCCCUAAUUGGUCUAUUUCUACAUUGGACAUGCUGGAAGCGAUUGGUCUCCUGGUCCUGACCGGAGCCCUAUGGGGGUGCACGAACCCCUUCAUCCGACAGGGCACCAAGGGCCUGCGAGAUGUCCGAGCGAAAGGCUGGCUGGGGCAAGCAGUGGCUGAAGUUUCUUUCUUAUUAGGAAACUGGAGGUACGUGGUGCCCUGGUUGGUCAACCAAUCGGGCUCGCUAGCUUACCUGGCAGCGGUUCAGCGCGCGCCGCUCUCGCUGGCGGUUCCCGCUGCCAACAGCCUUGCUUUCGCGUUCACCGCCGUCGUCGGCGCCGCCGUGGGCGCGGAAGAGCCCCUCGAUAAAGGUUCGAUACUCGGUGUGGUCCUAAUCGUGGCCGGCACUGCACUGUGCUGCCUGGACAAAGCUAGUUGAUGGAAGUUGUAAGUUCAAAAUUAAACUAACUAGUUUAAAUGUUUUUAUUGACACUAAUUUUGCAAUCAGAUGCACAUAGGUAUGUACUAUAAUACAUUCGCUGAUCGAAAGUGAGAAGGCAAUCGCUUUGGAAUUACCUUCUGGGGGUAGUGUAAGUUUAAAUUAAACAUAUUCGAUAUCGAAUGCGAAAAAUGCACAAAAAUCUAUCUAAAUUUUAGUUCUUGACGGUAUCCGCUAGGGUUGCUGUAAUGUACAAUCCAUCAUACAUUUAAUGUAGGUUUUUUUAUCCACAACGAGGAAGCUCUUGGCCUGUAUCUCACCUGAUGG